CGGUGUUUACUUAUACAUAUGUAUAUACAUAAGUACGGAUAUAAAAUAUUGACAUUACUUGAAUGAUCGAACAGCAAGUGGCUGUGCAGUGGGCGGCAACUUUUGGUGAGGGACAAAUUUUGGCAAAUUUAAAUUCAAGUCCAAUAUCUACGAGUAUACGGUAUACAUAUGUAAACAAACAGGUGAAGGUUCUCUAAACAACGGUGAGCAAUUAAAAAAAAAUUGAAAAAAAACAUGAACUUAAUAUAAAAUAAUACAAAAACGCAGGCAUGCAGGAAAUAUUAAACAUUUUUUAUAGCCAACAGUGUACGACUUUUCUUUUUUUAAUUAAUCAAAAUAAAUAUUUGACAUACCAGCCAAGGAAAACAACAAACACAAAAAAAUAGUAAAAUAGAUAAAGAAAAUACAUAAACGGUAAAAAGUCAACAAAUACAAAAAAAUAAAAAAAAUUAUAAUAUUCAAAUGCGAAACAUAACGGUUGUGAUUUUUUCAAAUACUAAACUAGUUUGAGUCCAAGUUUGGCAUUCGCUAGUCGCGCACCGGUCAGUAGUAGAAAUUGCAAUUUAUACUAACUAUAAGCAAACCAAAUGCAAGUAACUUUUCAUAUAACGGUAACCAGAACGAAAGGCGCUCUAAAUGAAAUUUCAACAAAAUCUACAAUCGCAUCUAACACCCGAAUGGCGUACACAAUACAUCGAUUAUGGCUUCAUGAAGCAAAUGAUACUCGAAGCGGUUGAGAAUGCGCCAACCGCCAACAGCGCUGAGCUAACGGAACAUUUUACACAGUUUCAGCAAAAGUUCUUUGAAGUUUGCGAUAAAGAGCUGGAGAAAAUCAAUUUAUUCUACGAAGCCAAAUUGGCCGAGAUCAAUCACAAGUACACAUUACUGCGUGAUGAGAUGAAAUUGGCCGAAGAGACGGCUGGCACUGAGUUGUUGGCGCGUCCAUCAAUACGCAUUAAAAAUCGUCAAUAUCGCCAAACGAUCGACAUGACGAGAAUAUUGACGCGACAUGCGACGCACGACUUCAAGGCGGCCUUUAGUGAGCUCUACUUGAACGUGAUACUCUUGCGCAACUAUCAGAUUUUGAAUUAUACCGGCUUUCGUAAGAUCCUCAAGAAGUACGAUAAGCGCAUUAGUGGCAGAGCCGGUUAUCACUAUUUGACCCGGACAGUGGAUAAAGCGGUAUUUUAUACGAAUCAUGAAACUAAAGGGCUUUUGAAAAAAAUCGAGGAUAUAAUGACAUAUAAUCUGGAGCAUGGUAAUCGUCACAAAGCUAUGGAGCGGCUUCGUGUGCCGCCGCUCGCUGACAAAUCCCAUCCAUGGACCUCGUUUCGUACAGGCUUUUCUCUGGGCGCACUUAUCAUACUCGCAAUCUUGGUUUUUUUGUCGUUCACAAUGAAGGUCAUCGACGUGGAUGUGGUAACAUGUGUGUUACUUUUUCGUGGUCCUUUUACGAUGAUUUUUUUUCUGGGACUACUCAGUUUGAAUUUCUAUGUUUGGCGCUAUGUGGGUAUCAAUCAUGUGUUGAUAUUCGAAUUGAAUCCUCGAAACUUUUUGGCUGCUGUACAAAUUCUUGAGAUCGCCGUUGUAUUCGGCUGCAUAUUAUCACUGCUGACACUCGCUUUCCUACAUUCCCAGUACCUUGGCAUGCCACCGUAUGUGUUUCCGCUGGCUAUGCCAAUAAUAAUGAUUGUCUUUCUCAUCAAUCCAAUACGCAUAUUUCAUUAUAAAUCACGCAUGUGGCUGCUGCGCUAUUUGGGUCGCAUUGCUUGUGCACCUUUCUUCCGAGUCGUCUUCGUGGACUUCUGGUUGGCAGAUCAGUUCAAUUCGCUCGUAGCACUGUUCGUUGAUUAUAGUCACAUUAUAUGCUACUAUACGACACCGUUCGAUUGGUAUCAUGCCAAAGAGCCAACUACUUGUCACAUAAAACAACGUUAUACGGCGUUGAUACGAGUAUUGCCUGCUUGGUUUCGUUUCGCACAAUGUUUACGACGCUAUCAUGACGAUCCUGAAAACGCUAAGAAGCAUUUAAUCAAUGCCGGCAAAUAUUCAACUAGUUUUUUUGUGGUGUUUUUCGAUUUCAUGGCGAGAAACUAUGAAGCGUCUUACGACAGCCGAUUGGACAAUCCAUUUAUCUGGUUCUGGAUAUUGGCUGCCAUUGUUUCAUCAACAUAUGGUUUAGCUUGGGACUUUCUAAGAGAUUGGGGUAUCUUCAGUGCGGAUUGCGGCGACCAUAAAUAUUUACGUGCGCAAAUUCUCUACAAACCGAGUUUCUACUACUGUCUGAUUGUGGAAAAUCUUUUGCUGCGUUAUCUGUGGGCGUAUGUAUUCGUGUUGGACGCAUCAAAUGUGGUCAGCCAAAGAGUCAUGGCACCUAUAGCGGACAUAUUGGAAGCAAUACGUCGUUUCUUGUGGAAUUUCAUUCGUUUGGAGAAUGAGCAUCUCAACAAUUGUGGCCGGUUUCGUGCUGUCCGUGAUAUCUCAAUUACAGUUAUUGAACAGCCCUAUCGUGGUUCUUUUGCGCCUAUUACUGAAGCCCCUGCUAAAUCUGUAAACAGUUGGAAAGGUUGUGUUAAACUGAAAAUUCAAAAUGAUUCUAAGCAGGUUGUCAAUGUUGUAUAGUAUUAAAAAUAAUAGUUUAAAAUUUUGCUUAAUUGUAAUAUAAUUAAUAUAUGAAUUGAGUAAGCAUAAAAAGUCAUGAUUAUCAAAAGCAAAUGUAUUAU